AUGACCACCCGACGAGUUCAUUUUUCAACACCGUUGGAAACUCGUGAGCUUAAUGCUCCAUCAGCCGGUGAGUCUCACAAUGGCACUGAUAGAAAAAGAGCCCUUGCAGAAUGGAUGGGUGAUUUUAUCCCCAUAGACCAGUGGACGCCCCCCAGGGUGACACACAAAUUUAAAGAUUUGAAAUUUCGAAGAUACAACAUCAGUCCAGAGCAUCGGAUCGAGAUGCCAGAAAGUCAUCUGGGUGAUUCAGAUCCCGAUGCUUAUGACAGGGCCUAUUCCGGCAUCGAUGAGUACAUUGAUGAGCUUGCUGCAAUGUGCAGUCAGGAUUGGACCCAGGACCAACACCCGGCGUCCACAGAGUCUCCAACGGUGGAGUCACUUCGUGAGGAGGAACAAAUCGACCAACUCAUGGAUGAAGACGCUCCCUCAUACAAUCUCGGAUGGACCCAAGAUGAGGUGUCGCCUUCGGGGGAGAGUUUGAUGUUAGGUAAGCGAUCCAGCCUGACGAUGACCGCGAUGAUGGACCCUGCAUACACUCUUGGGUGGGGGCCAAUGCAAUCAAACCAGCCCGACGAAGAUGGCGCUCCAUCGUACGAUCUGGAUGGGGAGAAGAAACAUCGAGCAGUGAGCUCGAACAUCCGAGAAUCGAAGUGCUCUUGGAUGGAGAUGACUCGCUGGGUUACAAUCUCAGGUGGGGGUCUGCAUCUGCAGUCGUCGGGUGAUGCGCCUAUGGAACAAGACGACACGAUAUCUGAGGAUGGAGAUGGACCUGGGUAUGAUCUUGGGUGGGGAAACCGAAACAUAAUCGACCUCACCAAUGAAGAUGAGCCGGUUUAUGAUCUCGGGUGGGGAGUCCAAGGAAAUGGGGAGGGCAAUGUCGACUCUAGAUCUUCCAGCCCUCUCAGCCCCUUGCCUUCCUCACCCGGACAAAUGGACUUGGACGAGGACACGGAUCGGGCCUCAUCACCGGAAGUGGGUGACAUUGACAGUCAAGCCAAACAGCAGAUGCUCCACACCAAUCGCCGGCUCAAAUCGAUCAGCAAUGAUGUAUUUAGCGACGACCAUAUGCAUGCCCUCGUCCAGAAUGCCAUGCAUGGAUUGAACAACUCCCGGGCCCCAGAGCUUAUCCUCUGUCAAAACCGGCACUUGUUAGAUAUGUUUGCGGAUGCACACAACCGGGUCACCAAUGCCGGCAAUGACAUGUGCAAGUUGCACAGGCUCAUACAUCUUCAACGCCGGCUGUUGAAAACAGUGGACCAUGUGAUCAAGUCUCUGGAGAAUGAGGAUGGGGCGCAGUAG